GGGAGGAGGGCGAGCCCAGCACACGGCCAGCAGGUGGCAGCAUUGCUCAGGGAGCAGUGUGGGGAGGGGUCUGCCAGAUUCGCAGCCAGCGCAGACCAGACAUGGGGACCUGGAUUCCAGAGCCCUGCCCAGGACUGGUUCCCAAUGGACCCAGGCCCCAUCCGGACACCGGCCCGCAAGCCUGGGUGACCCCGGCAAGUGGCCUCUGCUCCCCGCCCAGAGUCUGUCCGAGGCAGGGCCUGGCAGCCCCACGGCCCUGGUUCUGUCCAGAGGACCCACUGGCCGCCCCCCCUCCCCCACCACGCCCCUGGGCCCCAGGCGCCGGCAGCCCGGCCCUCCCUCCCUCUGGGGGUGGGGACAGGCCUGGGCAGAAGAACCCUCAUUUAGGGCUCACGGUGGGGGGGGGGGGGGUCCAGGAGGACAGCCCUGUCCACUACCCCGUGGACGAAGGCAGCAGCCGGGGCCCCCUCUGCUCCCUGGACAACAACCACACCUACUUCAUCCUGGUGGAGCCUGGGCCUCCCGGGAAGGGGGACGGGCCGUCGGAGCUGCGGCUGAGGCUGGAAAAGCACAUCGCGGAGCAGAGAACCGGCUAUGGGGGCACCAGCAGCAUCGAGAUCCCCGUCCUCUGUCUGUUGGUCAACGGCGACCCCAGCACCCUGGAGAGGAUCUCCAGGGCCGUGGAGCACGCUGCCCCGUGGCUGAUCCUGGCAGGCUCGGGUGGCAUCGCGGACGUGCUGGCUGCCUUCGUGAACCAGCCCCACCUCCUGGUGCCCCAGGCGGUGGAGAAGCAGUUCAAAGAGAAGUUUCCCGGAGAACGUUUGUGCUGGGAGGACGUCGUGCACUGGACCCAGCUGCUGCAGAACAUCACCUCCCACCCACACUUGCUCACCGUGCACGACUUCGAGCAGGAGGGCUCCGAGGAGCUGGACACCAUCAUCCUGAAGGCCCUGAUAAAAGCCUGCAAGAGCCACAGCCAGGAGGCGCAGGACUACCUGGACGAGCUCAAGCUGGCCGUGGCCUGGGACCGCGUGGACAUCGCCAAGAGCGAGAUCUUCAACGGGGACGUGGAGUGGAAGUCCCGCGACCUGGAGGAGGUGAUGAUGGACGCGCUGGUGAGCGACAAGCCCGAGUUCGUGCGCCUCUUCGUGGACAACGGCGCCGACGUGGCGGACUUCCUGACGUUCGGGCGGCUGCAGCAGCUGUACCGCUCGACGCCCCCCAAGAGCCUGCUCUUCGACCUGCUGCGGCGCAAGCACGAGGAGGGCCGGCUGACGCUGGCCGGCCUGGGCGCCCAGCAGGCCCGCGAGCUGCCCGAGGGCCCGCCCGCCUUCUCCCUGCACGAGGUGUCCCGCCUGCUCAAGGACUUCCUGCACGACGCCUGCCGUGGGCUCUACCAGGCGGAGCGGAGCCCGGCCGGGCGGCCCGAGGCCGGGAAGGGGCUGCUGGACCUGAACCGAAAGAGCGAGAACCCGUGGCGGGACCUGUUCCUCUGGGCCGUGCUGCAGAACCGCCACGAGAUGGCCGCCUACUUCUGGGCCAUGGGCCAGGAGGGGGUGGCCGCCGCUCUGGCCGCCUGCAAGAUCCUCCGUGAGAUGUCCCACCUGGAGGCGGGGGCCGAGGGGGGCCACGGCGGGAGCGAGGCCAAGUACGAGCAGCUGGCCCUGGGCCUCUUCUCUGAGUGCUACCGCAGCAGCGAGGACCGCGCCUUCGCCCUGCUGGUGCGUCGGAACCGCUGCUGGAGCAGGACCACCUGUCUGCACCUGGCCACCGAGGCCGACACCAAGGCCUUCUUUGCCCACGACGGGGUGCAGGUGAGGGUCUGGCUUCGGGGAAGGCCGUCAGGGGCAAAGCGGACGGCAGACGGGAGGUGCCCCGGGAGCCCCCCUCCGCCACUCUCC